UAAAUAAAACGUUUCACAAUGGAUGGACUGAAACAACCGCAUGCUAUUUAUUUUAAUUUAUAUUUUUCACAUUAGUCAGCUUUUAUUAUUAUUGUCUUUAAACCUUGAAGUUUCCCCAGGUCCUGUUUCUUUAACAAUAACCGAUGUGGAAGCAUCAUCCAUAAAUGUUACAUGGUACAAACCUGCUGAUGAUGGUGGACUCGAUGUCACUGGUUACUUAGUGGAAGUCAGUACCAAGCUUCCAGUGAUCACAGUGAAAACCCAUGCUGUUAUAACAGGACUGAAAGCAAACACGCUCUACGCGGUCAAAGUGUAUGCCAAGAAUAUUGUUGGAUAUGGAGUGGAGUCUUCCAAAAUUAUCAGAACACAAAAAAUAGGUAAAUACAAUAUGAAAGGAAAAGGUAAGCCAUCAGCUCCAGAGCUAGUGAUAGCUCUUCUUGAACGGUCACCAGAGUUCAAACUCUCAGUCSUCUUGAGAUGGGAAGAGCCGGAUGACAAUGGCGGCAACAUAUCAAGGUACACAAUCUACGUAAAGGAAGUCGAGAAAAAGGCUGAGUGGACAAAGUAUGAUAACGUUAUUGAUUCAAAACAGCUUGAAUAUAAAAUAACAAAGGACAUUGUUUAUGGCAACACAUACAUGUUUAUGGUAACUGCAUGGAACAAAUAUGGAGAAAGUGCGAAGGAUGAAGGAGGUGCCAAGACGGUAAAUACUACAGCAGACAAGGCAACGGCUACAAAUGCAAUUAAGUACUGCAUUGAAAAAGGAUCAAAAACUUGUUCGACAGUCCUUGGAGUCGUUAUUGCCAUUCUAGUUCUCUCUAUUGGUUUSAACUUACUACAAUUUGUGUAUCUAAAAAGAAGAGUACAACUGAGCA